AUGACAACCCAAAAUGCGGCUCAUAAGCCGGGGAUAUUACCCAAAACUACACCGAGAACGCCCGCUACUACCAAAACACCUCAAAGGAGAAACAGCGACUUGAGCUACGGAACAGGUAAAAUCACAACGCCCAGACCAGCAAGAUUGUACACCGCACUCUCGUCACGGCCGCAAACACCCAUAAGCGGGAAGGGUAGGUCGGAAGAUGGAGACCGAACGGAAACCACACCAAAAGGAACAACGAGGAAGUUACUCACACGGGUGAGUGACGCGCUCGGAUUCUCACCGCCCAGGAAGAACAGAACACAACCCCCGGACACGGCAGCGAACACCUCGGAGGAGGCACUCGACCAUACAAUAAAACACCGAGCAUACAACAUCCCGACGUUCACCUCCGAUGAAUACCGUACCGCGACACACGACCACACCCGAGAACACGGACACAUAUUCGACGGCGCCUCCGACACCAACUUUAGCGACGAAUACGGACAAGACAUGGAAAUCGAUCUAUACAGCGGCGACCCCGAAGGAAUCAUCAAUGCAUAUACGGUAUGCAUGAACGACGCAAAGGUGGCCCUCAACCGACUACGAGCCACCAUACCCGAAAUACUCGAAACCGAAGGAUUCCCACAAGAAGUCGUCGACGCUACGCGGAACAUCCACGAGAGGGUAACCGGUAGGGAAACGCGGGCGAUCCUUGCUGAACUGGAGAUGCUCCGACUGGAGGCGUCAUCCAGCCGGAACACCGCAGAACGCAAGAUGAACAGCCUACAGGACAAACUCGCAAGCCGCGACCAGCUCAUUGACAAGAUGGGCACGCAACUCGAUAAUCUCAGCACAACAGUAACCGCAAUGGCAGCAAAACUAGACGCAAACUUCGAAUGGAUCCAAAAAGCGCAACAACUUGCAAAUACCCGGACAACACCAACUAACGCAGGAACCCAACCACAGUCGACCCUCGGCCCGACAUAUAGACCGACGAAGACAAUAACGACGACUCCGAAUCCCAAAGCGAACAACCCCCUGAUGCCCCACCACCCGACACGACUCAUCAUAAAGUUCAACGCGAAACCAACUGAAGAGGAGACACGAACGCGGCCCGACCAAAAACAGCUAGUGACACAGAUCAACGAGGCACUGCAAAGCGACGAGAACGCAAAACACUUACGAGUAGUAGCCCUGAAAUGGACGGCAAAUGGAAACUGUGUCCUGCAGACACGCGCCGACCAGACAGGAGAAGAACUGGCCAAGUUCUCUUCACUGUUUCAAGACAUACUCACAAAACCCGGACAGAUUAGCACCAUCCAACUAGACCGGAAAUGGACGAAGAUACAGGUCGACCUCGUACGAACGGGAGCUUUCGAUAUGAACCCAACUAUCUAUGGCCAAGACACACUCAUGCAAGAAGCGCUGAUAAACAACCCGAUCCUUAGCAGACUCAAGAUCACAAAUCAAAUGCGAUGGCUCCGACGCCCAGAAGAUCUCCUGACGACCAACCACUCCUCGGUCGUCCUAGCAGUUGAAGAAUCAGACGAAGCGAACUUCCUACUCCACGAGAUGAAGUCGCUAGCGAUGUUCGGACGCUCCUGCCCUGUACGUCUGUUUGCCGACCGCCCACCAGUGACACAAUGCUCCAGAUGCCAACGAUUCGACCACGUGGCAGACAAGUGCUCACUGGAAGUCCGCUGCAAAUAUUGCGGAGAACCACACUCGGCAAAGGAACACCAAGCAAAAUGCACGAACUGCAUGGCAGAAGCCCAAGCAGAGGACACAAUGGAUGUUGAUUCAGCAAGCCCAUGCACGCACCGACUAUGCUGCAUCAACUGCAAGGAGAAACGACAAGAAACCGACCACACAGCCGACUCAAGACGGUGUCCGGAACGAACAUCAAGAUACGGUGCAGCGCGAGCAAACGAGAAAAAGAAAGCACUGGACAGUAGCUGGCAGCAAGUGAAGACGAGGGGCGGGAGACGUCGGGACACCCAACUACAAGCCCAACCCGGGGAGAAAACGAGGAACCGCUUCGAACCAAUAGAACCAGAACGGACAAUGGAUGACCGAGCGCAGGACCUCGUCAGGGCAGCGGCAGCUAGUCGUAUCACCAUAUCGAAGGACGAAGCACUGGCCAAGCUGUUAGCGACGAGCAAAUCAGUCUCGGGCCAAUGA